UUCGAAAUUCUAUUACAACAAAAUUACAAAUUCUAGACUCUUCUUUGCUACUUGUUACAUAGACGGACUCUGCUGUCCCUCUCCUUCAGUCCCUGUUCUGUACAUCGGUUCCCUUUUUUGCGUAAAAUCUCAAGAACCAGAGCCAAUGAAAACUUUACCAGCUUCUAUUCCUCAUCCCACGCAUCAAUGGCUACCUCGUACCAGAAAUAUGAGAUCAGAAGGAGAAACCCAGACCCCAAAAUUUCAGCCCUCCUUGUCAUCGACGUCCAGAACUACUUCUCCGCCAUGGCCCAACCUAUACUCCCUAACCUCCUUUCAACCAUCCACCUCUGCCGCCGCGCCUCGAUCCCCGUCUUCUUCACGCGCCACUCCCACAAGUCCUCCGAAGACCACGGCAUGCUCGAGGAGUGGUGGAACGGAGACCUCAUCAUUGACGGGACGUUGGAGGCGGAGCUCAUGGUGGAGCUGGACCGGAGGCCCGGCGACGUGGUGGUCGAGAAGAACACCUACAGCGCUUUCCGGGACACGAACCUGGAUGGGCUGCUGCGGGAGAGGGGCGUGGGGGAGGUGAUCGUGACGGGGGUGAUGACCAACCUGUGCUGCGAGACGACGGCGCGUGACGCGUUCAUUAGAGGGUUCAGGGUUUUCUUCUCGACGGACGCGACAGCCACGUCCGACAAGGAGCUGCACCAGGCCACGUUGAAGAACAUGGCCUAUGGCUUCGCUUACUUGGUCGACUGCGAACGGCUUCGGGAGGGAUUUCUUGGGAAAUAAUGAAAUAAAUUAAAACUCCAUCUCUCUUUUCUUUUCUCUAUUUGUUUAUCUGUUGCUUUCCUUUCU